AUGCCGUGGUAUUCUAUCCUUCCGCCGCAGCUUAUCCAAAUUGAGAUCUGGCUGGUCCGGAUCUUUUUAUUUCUAGGUCUCUUUACGAUCUUCCCAUGGGCAGCACUCAUUGUCUUCGACGCCGGGCUUUAUGUGUAUCGAAUGGUUCUGUGGAACUUUCCCCGGUUCGGAGGACGCGCAAGUGGCAGACAACGACCCCGCGCACCGAGUUUGAAUGAGCGGCCCAAUGGACAGCUGCGCACAUUUGGGCUGCGUGGUGUAGAGAUAGAGACUGAUACUGAUACUGGGAAGGGAGGACAUAAGUCGUUACCUUGCGAAGCAGUCACAGACACAAUCCAUGAGCAGGCUGGGCUGGUAGGGAAAGAGAAUGUGUCUCCUACUGCAAAUUGGCGAGCGCAUUCCAAUGCGGGAGGUGACCUAAAGCAUAGGCCAUCUACGCGAACAUGA